CACAAAUUUGCAAACACGAUGCAGCGAGCCGCAUGGGUCGAUGCCCACUGCCACCUCCAGGACCCGCGCCUCCACGCCAGCAUUAGCGAUGUGCUCACCCGCGCUGCUCGGGACGGCGUCGUCGCCAUCAGCUCGUGCGCCUGCACCGAGGCCGAGUGGGCGCGUUGGCCAGCCUUUGCUGUGGCCCACGCAGCAACGUCCGUGCAGCUCCUGCCGGCCUUUGGCAUCCAUCCGUGGUUUGCCGGCGAUGUGUCGGUGGCGUACUUGGACGUAUUAGAGGCGACCUUGCGGCUGCAUCCCACGGCCAGCGUGGGCGAAAUCGGGCUGUGCAAGAGCCGACGCGGGGCCGCCGUGCCCAUGGCGAUCCAAGACGCGCGCUUCCGUGAGCAGCUGCAGCUCGCUGCUCGUCUCGAGCGACCUGUCGUCGUGCAUUGCGUCGGCGCGUACGGCAAAGUGCUGGAAGCGCUCACACUGAUUCCGCAGCCACGGCCUGUGAUUCUACAUUCGUUUGGCGGGGCAACCGAAAUGGUUCGGUCGUUUGCUCGUUUGAAGCAAACGCGCGUGUACUUUUCGAUUGCGGCCAAGCUCAUGGGCAGCAAGAAGGCCUCGGAUAUGCUGCGCGCGAUUCCGAUCGAGCGUCUUCUCUUGGAGACCGACGCGCCCGACCAGCUGCCGCUUGAGCUAGCGCACGAAGCCGAGCUGAACGAGCCAAGCGUCUUGCCCCGCGUCGCUGUCGCGCUCGCAGCCACGCUGCACUUGCCGCUGGAAGCGCUUGCGGCGCAAACGACCAAGAACGCUCUCGAGGCGUAUGGCGUCCAAAGGGGCUGUCAAUAGCGUAUUGUCGUUUCUCAGUACCAAGUAGUCUGGACCUUGUCGCUAUCACGAGCUCAUGUCAACGACUCACAUGCGGCGACUGAGGUAUCGACUGAAAGAAUAGAUAAAUAAUGUAUCAGAAUCGUCGCUGCACC